GAGGGACCUCGGCAGCUGGGAGCUGUUUCCUUGAGGAAGGGUGUGGCAGUGACAACCUCCCUGCCAGGAGGUCAAAGGGAUCUUGGGAGUAUUGGACUUUGGCAUCUAACAGACCUGGUUUCAGCCAGGUUCUGCCUCUUGCGAGCUGCGUGACUUUUGGCAAGUAGUUUAACCUCUCUGACUCCUCUGAAGCGCCGGGUGUUAAACAAGACGAGACCUAUGUGCAGCUGUUAGACAAGAGUUGUUGAGACAACGACCCUGACUAUUUGACCAGACCACAAGCCCACCCUGAAGAUGUAUUCUACAAACCCGGGCAGCUGGGUCACCUUUGAUGAUGACCCUGCUUUUCAAUCUUCUCAGAAAAGAAAGGAUUUUUCUCUGGAGACUCAGGGUGUUUGUAGACCAAACGGACUGAAGCUGACCCUUCCUACCCUCCGGGACCCUCCCAGCACCCCCUCCUCUGCCAGCAGCACCCCCCUGUCCUCUCCCAUGGUGGAUUUUUAUUUCAGUCCAGGACCCCCAAGCAACUCCCCUCUUUCUACACCCACCAAAGACUUCCCAGGGUUCCCUGGCAUCCCUAAAGCAGGGACACAUGUGCUUUAUCCUAUUCCAGAGUGUUCUUCAAGCAGUGCCCCCACAACGGCGGGAGGAGUGGGUCCCCCAUUAUUACUUACUAAGCCAGACUGCUCCCCCCAUGUAUCGUUACCCAGUAGCCACUCCCACACUCAGCCCACUCCAACACUCGGUUUUACAGAAGACGCUGGCCCUCAGCGGGUCCAAAGCGAGGCUCGGCAGUUCGAAUAUUUUCAGGACCAUUGUGCUUUCUCCAACCCAUUUUGGAAAGAUGAAGGUAGCGCUUCCCCGUUCCCCCUUGACUCCCUGGCAAGCAGAAAGCCGUUCUCACCAAAGGACAAGGAGGUACCUAUUGGCCACAAAAGCCUAACCCAGUGCUCACUGGACUACAUCUGCGAGAAGCUGGAACACUUGCACUCAGCGGAGACCCAAGACCCUCUUGGAGAUUUGUCUAUGCAGGAUCCAUAUGCAGGAGACACAGUCUCGUUUGUCCCACACUCCCUCUUCCGGAGUCAGCCCAGAGCUGGAUGGUCCUUCAUGCUGAGGAUUCCCGAGAAGAAGAACAUGAUGUCUUCCCGGCAAUGGGGACCCAUUUUCCUAAAGGUUCUUCCUGGAGGGAUUCUGCAGAUGUACUAUGAGAAGGGGCUAGAAAAACCAUUCAAAGAGUUCCAGCUUGACCCACAUUGCAGGCUUUCUGAGCCCAAACUCGAGAACUUCAGCAUGGCAGGGAAAAUCCACACCGUGAAGGUGGAACACGUGUCUUACUCAGAGAAAAGGAAAUACCAUGCCAAGACAGAGGUGGUUCACGAGCCGGAAGUGGAGCAGAUGCUGAAGCUGGGGUCCACGGAACACCGUGACUUCCUCGAGUUUCUGACUACCGUCGAAGAGGAGCUAAUAAAGCUGCCGGCUACUGCCAAGCCCAAGAACAAAAGCUACGAGGAACAAGAAAUUUGCCUGGACAUUCAGGACAGCCUUUGGGGUAAAGUAACCAAAGAGGGGCAGCUGGUGGAAAGCGCCGUGGUAACUCAGAUCUGCUGCCUCUGCUUUCUCAACGGGCCCGCGGAAUGUUUCUUAGCCUUAAACGACCGUGAGCUCCAGAAACGGGACGAAUGCUAUUUUGAGAAAGAACCGGAAAAAAAGGGGAUUGCUAUUCUUGACUACCAUUUCCAUACGUGUGUGAAGGCUGAAGAAUUUGAACAGUCCAGAAUCAUUAAGUUCGUGCCUCUGGAUGCUUGCCGGUUUGAGCUGAUGCGUUUCAAAACCUCGUACGAAGCGGGUGAGCUCCCCUUUGCGGUGAAGUCCGUAGUAACUGUCCAGGGAGCCUAUGUGGAGCUGCAGGCCUUUGUCAACAUGACCCCAGCAGCUCAGGGGUCACCCCAUGCCGGUGCCCUGAGGAGCUGUAACAAUAUCAUGAUUCAUUUUCCUGUCCCAGCCCAGUGGAUCAAGGCCCUCUGGACCAGGAACCUUCAGAGGCAGAAGUCCCUGAAAGCCAAAAUGAACCGUCGGGCUUGUCUGGGGAGUUUACAGGAGCCUGAAUCUGAACCUGUCAUUCAGGUCACUGUCGGGUCAGCAAAAUAUGAGAGCGCCUACCGGGCUGUGGUGUGGAAGAUAGACCGGCUUCCGGAUAAAAACUCAAGUCCUGAUCAGCCCCAUUGUCUGUCAUACAAACUAGAACUUGGGUCAGACCAGGAAGUUCCCUCAGAUUGGUAUCCAUUUGCUACUGUCCAGUUUUCCAUGCUUGAAGCCUGUGCCUCAAGGACAGAGGUGAGGUCUCUGGGAGUGGAGAGCGAUGCCCAGCCUCAGAAGCACGUGUGUCAGCGAGCUUGCUACAACAUCCAGGUUGAAAUAGAAAAGAAGUGGAUUCAAGUAGAUGGAGAAGACGCAGAUAAAACUGGUGGCUGUGUAACUCAAUAAACACAACCCCACGGUUCAAACACAGAACCUACCCACAGGGCAGGAAGUUCUGCUACUGUAUGGUGGGACUGAGAAGCGGCCUUAGGCCAGAGAUCCAGUGGCGAGUCCCAAAGCAGGCCAUCUGCGUGCCACUCUUCUGAUGCUCUGCAAUGUGUCCAUGAGUCGUACCAUGAGUUACAUCAUGUUGAAACUUGGAGGCGCUGCUAUCUGAUGCAAGACCUGCUGGCCAGUUUGACUGAAGGGUAUCUGGGUUUGGAUUCCUCAGCGACUUUGUUUUAUAAUCUGGGUUUUGUGAUUCCACAUCGCUUCUUGCUUUCUGUGUGGAACGGUUCGAAUGGAUGAGAAGAGUUAGGAGGUACGACUUUGUUGGAGGAAGUGUGUCACUGGGGGUGGGCUUUGAGGUUGUAAAAACCCAAGCUUGGCCUAGUCCCUCCCUCUCCCUCUCCCCCUCCCCCCUCCUCCUCCCCCCCUCCUCCUCCUCCCCUCCCCCUUUCCCUCUCGCCCCCUCCCCUCCCCCCCCCAAGUUUAUUUUUGUCUUGGUGUUUCAUCCCAGCAAUAAUACCCCUUAUGAGGACUAUUAGCUGAGAGUAUUUUUGCUAGAAGAUGUGCAAAGUGAAAGAGAAGGUGUAAUUCUAGCUCUGUGUCUACGAGGAGACAGUUCAGCUGCGGAGUCGGAGAGAUGGCUUGCCAGUCCAGGGUCUAGUGAGGGGCGAGCAGCAUGGGGACCUGUUCCCUCUGCCUGGCCUCACUUUUACCGCUUUCCAGGAUACGUCAGAAUCCUAAGCUUUAAGAAAUUGAUGUUUUGAGAAUUUUUUUUCCCAUUUGAUAAAGAGUCCUUCGUGUCGUGUUAAUGUGCAUUCAACUCACGCAGAGCCAUGUUUGUGACGCGAGGCUCUCUUCCCCACAAAACAGGUUUGUUCUAAGUCAAAAAGUUACACAGCUGCUCCAAACUGCGUUUGCUUGUUGGCCUACAGUAUUUAUUUCCUGCAUUUAUAUUUUGUUACAUUCAUUUUCAUCUAUUCAAAUAGGUUAAAGCAAACACUUGUAGUAUUUUGUACCAAUCAUACUUUAUAGCUGUCAUUACAGUAAAGGCACAGAAAACAAAAGUCAGAGAUAAGAAUGGAUUAUAUUGCUCUAUUUUAACCGUGUGACACGUCACUCAUAUUUGCUUGAAGCUCGUUGUUGAUGCAUAGCACACAUAUGUAUGUCAGUGUGUAUCUGAUUAAAAACAAACAACCCACCAUCAUUCCUUAUGUUUGGGAGCAGGCACACUUCCUUCACUUUAGCCCGCUUGGAACAAACAUGGAGAUUUUUGAGGGGCUAUGUUGGGAAAUCCCAGGGAAGUUAGCUGGGUUAAUCACACCUUCUCUGAGGUAUUUUAUGGCCUCCUGCCUAUAAAGAUCUCACAGUGGAUGCAGAGGAACUUAAUGCAUAUUCAUAUCACAAGAGAAAACCAGCAGAGGAUUCCCUCCAAGGCAUUAUUCUUCCUGCCCUGAAGAUUGGCUAAUAUGUGUGGGUCACACUGCUGAGGUCUUUAACAAGUCACAAUCAACCAGACUUUGGGGGCCUCCUCCAGCUUCAGUAUUAAGGCUGGAGGACUGACGCAAGCUCAAAUUGAGUUUCUGGAGCAACGUUGAUAGCAUUAACAGCGGGGGUUACAACUGCAUACUCCUUAAUUUGUACAUCGAUCGGGACUUCAAAUAUCCAUUACUUAGUGUGAAAUCAACAUUAGGGAUAAGAGGCUUUUAGAUACAGUCCUUCUGACCUUAGAAAUGGCGGGAAGUUAAAUGUGACUUCCAAGCCCUGCAUGAAAACUUACUGGGAUGGUGUAAGAAGUAAAAUCUCUCCCCAGAAGCCAGCAGUGAUCUUCAAAAUCCCUGCUUUUAAACAAGCCCAGGAGGGAAUUCAAGAAGAAACACUCCUUUUAAACAUUUUAACUUGGGUAACUUUUUUACCUGUGUGACCACUUUGGAGUCUGUAGCCAACUAAGGAAAUCACUACCCUGGUCUGGUUAUUUGGGCAGCAGGGGACCACAUUAACUGUGCCAAUGAGAGCAUGGGUGAUAGUUCCAUGAUCAGUUAUGUAGGACUGAGCAUAAGAACACUUCCAUGUCUGUGGGAAUGGCUGUUUAUCAAUUACAAAAGAUAAGAAAGGUGGCACACGCCUUUAAUCCCAGCACUUGGGAGGCAGAGGCAGGCGGAUUUCUGAGUUCGAGGCCAGCCUGGCCUACAGGGUGAGUUCCAGGACAGGCAGGACUACACAGAGAAACCAUGUCUCGGAAAAAAGAAAAAAGAAAGAAAGUCACACUCUCCAUCUUGUCUUUAGGUCUGGUCUGUGUAUCAGAGAACUGCAGUUGCCUUUCAUUCAGCAGCUAUGUUUAUUAUCUAACCAAUUUCCUACAACUUCAGUUAGAGAGUUUUCCUUAACAAUGGCUGUUACAAUGUUUUACUCAGAAUAUGACUUCCUGACCUAUUGUUACAAACUCAGAACAGACUGAACUUGAUAAUCAUGUAACAAAGUAUUUUGUAGAUUACAUAUUGAUUUUUUACAAAAUUAAAGAUGUAUUUCAAAUAGUU